GGGGGCGGGGCUUGCACCAUGGGGGCGGGGCUUGCACUCACCUACAGGCUUCUGCUGGCCCUGCAGGUGCCACCUUUGACGUUGCCAUGCGUUUCUUGCACGAGUGCCCCUGGGAAAGGCUGCGGGAGCUGCGGCGUUUGGUCCCCAACAUCCCUUUCCAGAUGCUGCUGAGGGGUGCCAAUGCUGUCGGUUACACCAAUUAUCCUGAUAACGUCAUCUACCGCUUCUGCGAGGUGGCAGCAGCCAAUGGAAUGGACAUCUUCCGUAUCUUUGAUGCUCUCAACUACCUGCCCAACCUGCUGCUGGGAGUGGAAGCCGUGGGUCGGGCUGGGGCUGUGGUGGAGGCUGCAUUAUCCUACACUGGGGACGUGGCUGAUCCCACACGUACCAAAUACAGCUUGGAUUAUUACCUGGGUUUGGCCCGAGAGCUGGUGGCUGCUGGCACCCACAUCCUGUGCAUUAAG